ACAUAGACAAAAGAACGUCAACUCAACAGCUGAAAGAACCACAAAAAUGGUUGUUGUCCGUUGACAAUACUUAGCAUAUUUUGAGGGUGGUUUCGCAGUUAGUUUUGUGUAAUUUUGUUCUACACACAAUUUUUAUAAAAUGUGGUAGCAUUUGAAGAAGUACACGCAUUUCCGCUUUGGUUGCGAUUAAUUUCCUUCACGCGGUCCGCAUUUUAGUUUAUCUAUUGUAACGUUUGUUUAACGAUAUUGUUGAUAAAAAAAGCGGGGGCAAUGGCAUUUAGAAUUCACGAGGACCAAGAAAAUGCAACUAUAGGGUUAAAGAAAGAAAAUGCAGAUGUUUUUGUGGCCGCAAACCAACGACGGGCCCUCGGUAAUAUCAGUCAUUUCGCCUGCAAUCAAAACAGAAACAUAAAGCUUCCUGGAUUGACGAAUGGACCGUGUAAAGUUCAAGAUGAGAAUAGAACCGUGCGCAACAUCAAAAAUGAAAAGAAUAUUGUGCCUCCUGUGGACCAAUUCCGAGCCUUCAGUGUGUAUGAGGAUAAACCAAGCGAGGCUGAGGUCAAGCGCCGUGAGCCUACCUUCAAACCUUUUGUUGCUAAGGACCCCAACAUAAGGAAAGAAAACAUUUUCGUGAAUGCUGCAGAGAAUGCCAAGAAACAUGCAUUACUUGAAAAGCAACCAGAUCGGUCCAAAGAAAUACCACCAUUAAGAUUGCCACUGCAAGAAAAGAAGGAUGUUGUGGAAUCACCCAUGUCAGUGGUGGACUCGAGUGUACUCUCCAUGUCAAUAUCCAAGAAUGAGAGCGCGCUCCUCAAUGACAGCCUUGAAGAUGAAGAGGACACUACUACAGCACAGAAUGACCGCGAGUUGUUCUUCCAUGUGGUGGAGUACAGAGAUGACAUAUAUCAGUACAUGAGGGAAAUUGAGGUUAAAAACCGAGCCAACCCCCGCUACAUGCGCAAGCAGCCCGACAUCACUUACAUGAUGCGUUCAAUCCUCAUUGACUGGUUGGUGGAGGUGUGUGACGAGUACAACCAGCAAAGCGAGACUUUACAUUUGGCCGUCUCUUAUGUGGACAGGUUCCUGUCAUACAUGAGCGUCGUCCGCACCAAACUACAGCUGGUUGGAGCUGCGGCCACAUAUAUUGCAGCGAAAUAUGAAGAGGUUUAUCCCCCGGAAGUGUCAGAGUUUGUGUACAUCACAGACGACACGUACACAAAGAGAGAAGUCCUGCGCAUGGAACACCUGAUCCUGAAAGUGUUGUCCUUCGACCUCUCAACACCGACGUCCUUGGCAUUCCUCUCACAUUAUUGCAUAUCUAAUGGACUUUCUAAGAAGACAUUCCAUUUGGCAUCUUAUCUGUCAGAGCUGUGCCUGCUAGAAGCGGACCCGUACCUGCAGUUCAAGCCGUCCGUGAUCGCGGCCGCCGCGCUCGCCACCGCCAGGCACUGUCUGCUCUGUGAGAACUGCUCGCACGACUUCAGCUAUGACAACGGAAUGAGCCCCCGCGGCGGGCGCGCCGGCUGCCUGGCGCUGGCGUGGCCGGCGUCGCUGAGCGCCAGCAGCGGGUACGCGGCGCCGGCGCUGGAGGCCUGCCUGCGCGAGCUGGCGCGCACUCACGCGCACGCCAAGCUGCAGCCCUACCACGCCGUGCCCGACAAGUACAACACUGACAAGUUCGAGCGCGUGUCGUCGCUCCCCGCGCGGCCGCUGUACCCGGUGCCGGCUUACGCCCCGCCACAGCAAGCCGCAAGACCCGCCACAGAUUCGCAGACCCGCAGCUAGUGACCAUAAACACAUCGAAAAUGGGCCGCCACUAUGAUAUAACGGCAAAUAACGGUUAGCCAGAUCACACCUAUGAUAUUUUUCCACUUAAGAAAUUAAGAACAAAAAAGAUGGCGAUUUUUAAACAGUUGUAAAUCGCCAACCAAUCGGAUAUUUAUUUUGAUUUGACCUUUUAAAUAUUUUCACACAAUAUACCUUGAAAUA